AUGGGCAGCAAUACUGCCGAAUCAGGCGACAACUACAUUUUGUCUCGAAAUUUCCUGUCGUCUGCUCGACUUACAGGGCAACACUCCCUGUUCGUACUGAAGAAUGGCUUUUUGCUAAACCCCAAGAUCGCCAAGCAUAUUCAACAUCAACAUACCGAGUCAUUGGAAAUCGCGGACAUUGCUGCCGGAAAUGGGAUCGUGGGCCUGACAUUGGCUCAUGAGUAUUCGCGGGCCAAAGUCCUCGCCCUUGACAUAUCCGCCGAUCAGUACCCUCCGGUCUGGACACGUCCGAAAAACAUCGACUUCGGGAUAUGGAACUUCUUCGACGCCCUUCCCCCUGAGUUUGUGGAAAGGUUCGAUGUCCUCCAUAUCAGGGCGAUUUGUGCGCCUCUACUCGCUGGCGGUAGAGAGGCGGUCAUCAAGAAGUUUGUCCAGAUGCUCAAACCCGGCGGCUACAUCCAAUGGUACGAAGCUGUCAACCAAUGCUUCGCAGAGUUGGAUCACUCGCUAGACCCUCUGCCCCUCAGCGCGAACUACUUCAAAUUACUCGACAAAUAUACAGGGCUGUUCAGCUCUAUCCAGCAGUUUAACAGUCUUGCGACCGAGCUAGAGAGCGAAGGGUUGGUCGAGGUCGAGAGGGCGGACUCUCCAAUUGUGCCACAUCUCCUCAAGCAGGAGACCGACUUCGUUCUAUGGUCAUGCGACGAAGUAUUGGAUACCGUGCGUCGGAAGGGCGGUAUUUUGGAUAUGAAGGAGCUGGAAAGGGCUCGGGACCAGUUGACCGCGAAAGUGGCUCGCGGGAAAUGCUUGACUUACACUAUGGCGACCUUUAUCGGACGGAAGCCCUGA